AUGUCCACAUCAGCUGCUCCAGAAGACUCUCCAGAAGAAAUUAAGCAAGCAAAGCCCAGAAGUUCAUCUGUGAGGAAGGAAUCUACAGAGACGAAUAGAAGACGUAGCAGAAAGGUUGUAGAGAAGGAAGAAGAGGAACAAGCCAAAAAAGAGGAGAAAGUAGUUGAAGAUGCUCAGGAAGUUAAGAAAAAGACGCCGGCUCGUCGAAAGUCCACCGUCACUUUUGCUCUGAAAGACCAGGAUAACGAACCGUCCACUUCAGAAGCGCCACUGAACCCAAAUAGUGCUUUGGCAAUUAAAAAACGGCUGCUUGGAGAGGCAACGGCUCCGAAACCAGCAGAUAAGAAGAUCAAGAAGGCGGCUCGAGCUGCAGCGGAAGUUGCUGAAGAUCCAGAGGAGCCAGCUCCAGUUCAAGAGGAGGUGAAAAAGGAGGUAAAAGAGGAAGUGAAAGAAGAAGCUGAAAAAGAAGUAAAAGAAGCAACGGUCGAUGUUCCGCCAGCUGCUCCAGAAGUGAAGGAAUCGAAAAAGCCAGCGUCGGUACCAGCACCAGCAGCUACAGUCGCUGCGGCACCAACACCAACUCGUGCUUCUGGUCGUGUCUCCAAGCCGAAUCGUCUUUAUAUAGACUCCACAUUCAACACGGAAGUUUUGGGAAGAACACGUGUCACCGAGCAGAAUCCAGCUAAAGAGCAAGCACAAGAACCAGAAGAGAUCCCUCUGCCAACAUCGUCUCGUAGAAAAGCCGGGCCUUCUGCCAGUGCCGCAACUCCAAGCACUCCACGUCCUCCACCAACACCGAAACCAGUUCCGGUUAUCAAUGGAGUUCUGCGUGGCUACGUUCCAUCGGUUAAAAUCCCGCUGGACGAUUAUGAAGUAGAAGGAGUUGUUGUGAAGCUCAACGAGGAAGUCAACGAGGUUCUAGACGUGCUUCUCUUCAAAGUUUGUGAAGAUGGCCUUGUGAAGCACGAAGAUAUUGAUCCGAAAGUUGUCAAAGCCAAGAUUAAAGCAAAAAUCGAUCAUACAAAGCGAAUGAGACUGCAAGCAAGAAAGUUGGAUAUUCAAAUGAAUGCCGCCGUAAAAACACCGUCCACUUCGGAUGAGAUAGGGAAGCGUAAACGACAAGCUCCAAGAGCUCUAGACGACAUGUACUGGACGCCACCUGUGAAUCGUCAGAAGCCUAAAGAGAGAAGUGAGGAGCCAGAGGAGUCACCAGCUUUGGUCGAUUAUGAAGAAGAAGAAGAAGAAGAAGAGCCCGUUCCGAAAGAAGAGCGUCGUCAACAGAAAGCAAGACGUUCCAUUUCGAAUUUGUUCGAUGCUGAAAUGGAUGCUUCUAUCAAAGAAGCCAAAAACUACACUGUUCGCUUCGAUUCGUACAUAAAACCGAAGUUAAACUAUGCGCAGAAAAAUUCGAAGAUUAAAUUGAUGUCGAGAAAGAGACAAUCGGCAGAUCCGGAUGAUUUCUAUUAUCACGAGUUGCUUGCUGAUCAAGUUAGCCCUUCAACCAGUAACGUUGAAAAUGAAGGAGGAGGAGAGCCGGAGAUUGAUGUAGUUGUCGGCGUGGACGCUGAGCCUGAAGAAGUGCCCACUGAGCAAGCAAUUAUUGAGUUACGAACCGCAGCGCUUGAUAUCGCCGAACAAGUGAUUGUCAUCCUUCCAAGACCCACUAGACACGACGGCAAGCCGUUCUCUUUGGAACAUCUUCAGACGAAAGCUAUGGAGCAUUUGGAGCCCCGUCAGUUGGUUCUCAACGAUGCAGUGACCAUCGUUCUCAAUCAGUUUACCUAUGAAUCUACGCCACCAACCAGAAGUGUGGAUGAGCAGGGAUGCAUGUGGCAUACGAUCACUUCUGCAAACGCCCAGGAGCUCAAGAAUCUGUUUGCGAUGACGGAUUCGAAUCGAGAGGAUGCGAUUUGCUGGGCACACUUGUUCUUGCUCGAAAAUUUGCCAGUGAAUUAUCUCGCAUCGUAUCUGAGUGUGUUGAGAUAUGCAAAGAGAAUGUUUCAGGAUCCAGCUCGCAUUCAGUACAUUAUCAACAGCACCAAAGACGAUAACGACGUCGAUUGGGGUCAGGUCACUUCUAUCGUUAAGGCGUUCGCUCACAAAAAGUACAAUGAGCCUGGAACUGAUCUCCUUAAAGGCACAAUUCCAUUGCAUCGCUUCGAGAACACGGUUUUUCUGCUUGUCCCCCCGACGUUGACGAUCGGGGACCAGAAGCAGCAUCAUCGUCAGCAGUACGGACGUAUCUUCCGUUGGCUACAAUCGAUUGGUCAUCCAGACUCUGAGCUGAUCUCUUGCACUGAGCACGUUGAUGCGACGUGCUCUGUAGCCGAAUACUUGUCGGAUGUUGUUGUGGAUAAAAUUUGUACGAGUGUCAAGCAGAGGAAUUUGGAGAGACCUCACUGUAAAGUGGUGCUUGUUGGCUAUGGAGCUAGCACAUAUCUAGUUCAUCGAGCUGCAAAUCUUGUCGGAGGAAUCUCAGCAAUCAUUUCGAUUGGAUUCCCAGUGAUGUCUCCACUUGGAAGACGUGGAACCGCUGAUGACGAAAUCCUUCUGACCUACUGCCCGACACUCUUCAUCGUUGGCGCUGAAGGCAAACGAUUCAACAGCCGGGCAAUGGCAGAAAUGCGCGAAUCCAUGAUCGCCAACACAGGUCUUGUCGUUGUUGGACAUGCUAGCGAUACGCUUCUGGUGCCAACUUCGAUGCUUCUUCGUAUCGGAAUCAGUCAAACUGUCGUCUAUCGAAUGAUGCUUGAGAAGAUCAUGGACUUCCUCAGUCUUCCCGCUUUGCGUGAUCAAUCGAAUUCCGAAUUAAAUCCUAUUGAGCUCAACAAUAUUUUCGAGCUGGAUUCAUCUUUUCUGAAAGGGGAUAAAGGACUCUCUGGACUUGUAUUCGCUAGCACGCCUUCUAGUCCAUCUCCUUCACCAGUUGGCCUAUCUGGAAGACGUGCAACCGUUUCUGGAUCUGAAGAGUCUUAUAAGAAGAAGAGAGAUCCUCCAUAUCUUCUCACGUCGUCUGGAGGCCCACUAACACCUUCUCCAAGAUCUGACGACUUCCUAGCCUUCCAGAACCUUAUGACAUCUUCCGUCGCCACUGCCGAUGAUAUGCCACGUCGCGCAUCAAUGAGCGCCAGCCCGCGAGUCAUCGAACGAGGCGACUUCCGUGCUCCACGUCCAUCUGUACAAUCGCCCAGAGGGCCACUCGAUCCAGCGUCGAUUUCAUUGAAUUGA